CAGAGUGGUGGGCGUGGUUUGCUGCCAUGGCGACCCCGGGUUGGGGUUGCGGGGGGAGUGCUGUACAAGGAUGGAGGCGAAGGAACCACAGGCCCGAGGAGGGGUCGUUCCGGACCAGGAACAUGGAGAGCCAAACCAACAGGGCCUGAUUCGAGCCAGCCCGCGGUCGGAGCGGUGUAGGUUGCAAGGGACCGAAAGCUGCCAUGCGUUCCGGGAGCCGCGGGCGGCCUCGGCCCCGGCUCGGCAAUCGCGGCGUCAUGGCGCCCAGUUCCCCUCUCAAGCGCCGGCUGCUUCCGCGGGCCCAGCUGCUGCCGCUGCUGCUGUUGGCGCUGGCCUUGGGCUCGGCUUUCUACACGCUCUGGAGCGGUUGGCACCGCCGGACCGAGGCGCUGCCACGGGGCCAGGAGCUGCGGAGCGCGCUGAUCGAAAGUCUGCCCGAAGCCCAGCUGCGAAGGGUGGUGGGGCAGCUGGACCUGCAGCGGCUGUGGGGCACUUACCUGCGCCCACUGCUCAUUGUGAGGCCUCCAGGCACUCCUGGCAAUCUCCAAGUCAGGAAGUUCCUGGAGGCCACGCUGCGAACCCUGGAGGCCGGCUGGCAUGUGGAGUUGGAUCCCUUCACGGCUUCCACACCCCUGGGACCCCUGGACUUUGGCAACAUCGUGGCCACACUGGACCCAGGGGCCGCUCGUCACCUCACCCUUGCCUGCCACUACGACUCGAAGCUCUUUCCCCCCGAGGCAGCCCCCUUCGUGGGCGCCACGGAUUCUGCCGUGCCCUGUGCCCUGCUCCUGGAGCUGGCCCAGGCCCUUGACCCAGAGCUGAGCAGGGCCAAGGAACAGGCAGCCCCCGUGACCCUGCAACUUAUGUUCCUGGAUGGCGAGGAGGCACUGAAGGAGUGGGGGCCCAGGGACUCCCUGUAUGGUUCCCGGCACCUGGCCAAGCUCAUGGAGUCCAUGCCCCACAGCCCCGGCCCCACCAGGAUCCAGGCCAUCGAGCUCUUUGUACUUCUGGAUCUCCUGGGAGCCUCCAACCCAACCUUCUACAGCCACUUCCCUCGCACCAUCCGCUGGUUCCAUCGGCUCAGGAGCAUCGAGAAGCGUCUACACCGGCUGAACCUGCUGCAGUCACAUCCCGAGGAAGUGAUGUACUUCCAGCCCGGGGAGCCCCCCGGCUCCGUGGAGGACGACCAUAUCCCUUUCCUCCGCAGAGGGGUUCCGGUGCUCCAUCUCAUAGCCACGCCCUUCCCCUCUGUGUGGCACACCCCUGCCGACUCGGAGGCCAAUCUCCACCCGCCCACGAUUCACAACCUCAGUCGCAUCCUGGCCGUAUUCCUGGCUGAAUACCUGGGCCUCUAGCCUGGCAGGCAGCAGCAGCCUGAGGGCAGACCCAACCCCAAAGGAGCAGCGACCAGCAAGGGGGACCCACCGAGGG